CGUUAUCACAACUGAUAUGAAAAAAAAAUACAAUUAUCUUUAAACAUUUUUCUUUUUUUACAAUGUAAAAAGCCGUGUGUCAUUCCUGAUCAUUUUGAACAGAUUAUCGCCUCUAUUUUACAUUGAACAAAUAACAAGAAUGAGAGAAAAUUUAGGUGACUCGACAUACAAUGAUCAGGAGUGUGGGAAGAGUCGGUCUCGCCGACGUGAGACGUUGCAUUUCGACGACCUCGGCCAAAAAGGAAUCUUUCAAGGUCCAGGAUGUCAACGAUUUCAACGAGAGGGUCAAGAACAGCAAGAAACCAGUCAUCGUUGACUUCUUCGCUACAUGGUGCAAUCCUUGCAAGGCCCUAACUCCAAGGAUUGAGAACGUGAUCGCCGAGAAGAACGGUGAAGUCCAUUUGGCCAAGGUGGACAUCGAUGAGCACACAGAUCUGGCUUUAGAUUACGACGUCGGCUCAGUCCCUGUUUUGAUCGCGAUCCGCAAUGGCAAAGUCGAAGAGCGCCUCGUUGGACUUCAGGAUACAGACAAACUUCGUCAGUUCGUGAACAAGUUCGCAGAUCAACAAAAAGUGGACAAGAACGAAGAAUCGACUGCGGCAACCGCUCCCGACUUCAAAACAACAAUCCCACUCUAAACCAUGAAAAACCUUUUGUAAACAAACACAAAAUUUUUCUCCAAAAAAGACAAAAAAAAAGUUAACCAUGUUUUUUUUUAUUAAGUCAGUGUUUCAAGUCUGGAAUAAAUGUUUUUGAUAUAUA